CGCCCCUUCUCUCCCCCUAUUCUCUCCCCCGGCCGGUCUCCUUGGUCACACACAUGCACACAUCCUCACACAAACACUGACGACGGCUCAGUCCUGCUAUGGCCACCACCACCACAGAGGAGAGCUCCCCGCCCCCGGCCACUGUAGCACCCCAGCAGCCUGACUUGGAAAAUAGCGUAGAACCCGGCUCAGCAGCAAAGCCUGAGCCCAGCGAGGCCCAACGCCACAGAGAGGAGAGAACGGAGGAGGAUGAGGAGGAGGACGGAGGGCAGGAGAACGGAAGAGGGGAGAGCUUGGACCCGGAGUGGGUGGAGGAGAGGUUCAGGAUAGACAGGAAGAAGCUGGAGAGCAUGUUGUAUGCUCCAAAGCGUGGAGACGGCGAAACAGGAGAGGAGUUUUUUGAGAGAGUGAUGAGAGAGACUGACACUCAGGUGAAAUGGCCGUCCAAGCUGAAGAUUGGAGCCAAGUCAAAGAAAGAUCCACAUGUGAAGGUGGAAGGGAAGAGAGCCAACGUGUUGGAAGCAAAAAAGAAGAUACUGGAGUUACUGGAAACUCGGGUGAACAAGGUGACUCUAAAGAUGGACGUGGCCUACACAGAGCACUCCCACGUGAUCGGGAAAGGUGGCGGAAACAUAAAAAAGGUGAUGGAGGUCACAUCCUGCCACAUCCAUUUCCCUGACUCCAACCGCCACAAUGCUACCGGCGAGAAAAGCAACCAGGUCUCCAUCGCUGGGCCCAUAGAGGGAGUGGAGGAAGCCAGGAGGAGGAUAAGAGACCUGCAGCCAUUGUCCAUGACUUUUGACCUCCCAGUCAGCCUGGUGCCCCAGACUCUUCCAGAUGCAGGCUCCCCACUCAUCCAGCAGGUAGUGCAGACUUUGGGGGUCAAUGUGAGCUUCAGGGCUUUGCCACCUCAUCCCCAGGCACAACCCGCCUUCUACGAGAGCUGCUGCACCGUCUGGGGCCUGCAGGGCAACGCAGCCGCUGUCAAGAAGGCAACUUGCAUCCUGAUGGACCUGCUCCUGGGGUCAGAGGUCACAGGUGGGAUGGUGAGCAGCCAGCUGGAUGUCACCUCCCAGCAGCACCUUUUCCUACUGGGGCAGAACGGAGCUCACUUCCUGAGUGUCAUGCACCAGACCCAGACCCAGAUCAUCCUCCCAGACCUCAGCGCUCCUCAAAGCCCCUCGUCGCUUCUCAUCCAGGGCAGCCCCGACGGAGUGUGUCUAGCCCGACAGCAACUCAUGGACUGUCUGCCUGUGUGUUUGAUGUUUGACAUGCGUGAAGACGGCGAGGCAGAUCCUUGUAAACUGGCUCAGAUGAUGCAAAACCUGGGAGUCUUCAUUAGUGUCAAGCCCAAAGUAAAACAGACCAGCAAGUCAGUGGUGGUAAAAGGUCUGGAAAGGAACAUCUCCUGUCUCUAUGAGGCCCGCUGUCUGCUCCUGGGGUUGGAUUCUUGUGAGACUGCCAAGGUAACCGAUGUGACCCCUGACCCCGUGUUAGCCGGCAGCGGGCUCACCAGCUAUUGGCUCAACAUGUUGCUGCAGCAGCUUCGCCUCUCUGAGCAGGGCUCUGGUUCUGCUCCCACUCCUGAGGUGCUGAACUGUACUAAGAACCGGCCGUCCCCUCCACCAGGUCUCAGCCCUCCCGACGAGGGGAGGACAGGACUGAAAGGAACAGAGAGUCGACCACUGGAGAAGAUCCUAGAAAAUGAGGACCUGUCUGGCCAGUCGGAGGAUGAGAGCUCUCAGGUCGCGGUGAUGUCAUCGUCUGAGGUGUGUGAUGCUGUCAGCAGGUUUAGUUUGACGGGUCGGAGGGGGAGCCUCCAAGGUCCUGAAGUUGCCAAGGUUUUCAUCCAGGGUAGACGCCAUUCGACUGGGCAGGCGCUGACAUACAGAGGGCUGAAUGCAGAGUUCGAGGGAGGGAGGAGUGAGCGGAGGAACAGCCUGAGGAGGGAGGUGAUGCAGACUCAGGAUGUUCGCGCUGACUCAUCCAGGGCUGAGGAUUAUGACUACGAGAAGAAGAAACUCCUGGCAACCAGAGCCAUGCAGAGGAAGCCUGUGGUCACAGAGGUCCGGACGCCCACAGACACCUGGAGUGGCCUCGGCUUCUCUAAGUCCAUGCCAGCCGAGGCUGUCAAAGAGCUGCGCAACAUCAGCCGACGCAGCUACAAACCCUACCUGAGCACCAUUAACAGCCAGCAACAGUGUCUCUCUGUGUCCCUCCAGCCGCGGGCUGCUCAGACGGGGAAGGUGUUCAACGGGAGCAACUCUGAGAACUGGAGGGACAGACGUGGAUCGUCAUCCCUGCCUGUCUCUUCCUCCUCCUCCUCUUCUUCCUCCUCCUCCCCCUCCUCGCCCCAAUGUACGUUCUCCUCCUCGUCCUCCUCCUUCCCUGCAUUUGCAUCCUCAGCGAACAGAAGCAGAGAUGACAAACCCUCGGAGAGCUUCUUGAGCAGUGGCAGCAGCUACUUUGAAGGCGUGUGCUCAUCGAGGAGGGCAUCAACCUGCAGUCAGCGCAGCCCGUCCCCCCAGAUGAUGGACGACCUGCCGGAGCUCCUCAGCACGCUUGGCCUGAUCAAAUACAUUGAUGUGUUUGAACAGCAAGAGAUUGACUACCAGACAUUCCUCACUCUGUCUGAUGAAGAUCUGAAGGAGGUGGGCGUCUCCACCUUUGGAGCCAGACGCAAGAUGUUACUGGCAAUCUCAGACCUGAACAAAAGCAAGAGGAGGCUCUCAGAUACACCCGCAGUGAAGCCCGGCUACCUGGAGGGCGGUGCUAGCGGUCGACUACCACGAAUCAUGGAUCUGGAAUUAGCGGCUCAGAGUAACCGCUGGUGAGACGAGAUGCCAGCCUGCUCGACGUGGAGCUACUCAGCCACUAAACAUGUAUACAGUCAUGCUGUUGCCAGUGCAGACGUCUAAUCUGCUUGUUAUUUACCAUAAAUGGAAGUGCAUUUCAGAAGAUCAGAAAUCAUUGCAUAAGCAUUUGAAUCCAGUGCUUUUAAUCCACAGCCAUACCCCAAAGCUUUAAAUCAAGACAAGGAGGCCUUUUCCUUCCAAACCUCUGAUUCUACAAGAGACGAACUGUAUGAAACACAAAAGAACAUGCCGAUUCUUUGUGGUGUCUUUUAACGUCACAAAGUGCCUUUCUUAUGCAAACGAUUACUCCUAUGCUUUGACCACGUGUUCAAGUCUGUGUUAACUUCUACAUGUAUGCAAGUGUAAAUAGAUAUUUACAAAAAAAAUAAAUGACAUUGUACUAUGGUAGUGACGAUGAA